UUGAUUUUGACAGUAUCACGACAACUGUUUGUGUAUAAAAAACAAUCAGCUGUUUUAGCCAGACAAUCUUGUAUGAAUUCAGCUUUAUUUACCGUUUUAUUUGUGAGGCUUCCCGACAGAACACCAAUUGUCUAAGAAAUUUAUUUCUUGCUGAACAACAAUGUCCUGGGGAGAAACAUUAACUUACAUAACUGUUGGUAAUCCCAUCAGUCAGGCUGUGCUGACUUCAGCUUCGGCUGUCUUGAAAGGAGCAGGCAUUAAACCGAAACAAGUUGAAGGCUCUGUUGUUUUGCCUCCUCCGAAACCAAUAACUAUGUGGGAUCUAACUAGCAAGAACUAUCAUUUUGUGCGUUUAGCUGGUAUAAGUGGAGCUACUGCCGUUAUUAUGGGCGCUUAUGGCAAGCAUAGUUUAGCCAAAAUCUAUGAUAUUCAGGAGAAAUUGGAAGCAAAAGCUGUAUUCGAAACGGCUAAUAGAUUCCACUUUUUACAUUCAUUUGCAUUAUUGGCCAUGCCAUUAGCCCGUCGACCGGCUUUGACUGGAUCAUUAAUGGCAGCUGGUUGUUUGUUAUUUUGUGGCCCCAUGUACUAUCGUGCUUUGACUGGCGACAAAACCUUUAUACAAGUGGCCACCUGUGGUGGCUUUUGUUUGAUUGCAGCCUGGGCAUCAUUAAUUUUCUAAAAAAUAAUACAAAAAAACUAAAGUAUUUAAUACGUUUUAUUGUCUAUUUAUAAAAUAGUUGUGUAUCCAAUCUCUGAUGAAAGAAUAUCAUUCAUUCAAAAUGUUUGUUAUGCUCUAGUUAAUUACAUACAUACAUACGUACAUAUACAAACAAAAUUUGAAAUUUAUGUUAAGCUUUAUACUUUUUUUAAUACAUACUCUUCGUAUAUAUGGUAAUUUGUAAUAUCAUCAAUGUAAAUUGUAAUACAAUUGUUUAGUUUUUGUUUUUAAGCUUUCGUUAUUUUUGUAUUUAUAUUUAGUUUAUACAUAUUUUUUUAAGUUUCUCUUUUGUAAAAUAAUUACUUCCUAGUUUAUUGAAAUGUUCUAAAUGAAAACGGUUUUUAUUGUAAUCUCAGUGGUAGGUGUAUAGAAAGUUUGUAUAGUAUGAUUUUAUUUAAUUUAUUUUUAGUUAUUUUAAAAUAUUCUAUCAUUGUUGUUAAACUUUUAAUUUAUGUUUUUUAUUCAUGCAAAAUAUUUAUUAUUUUUUUCUCAUUAAAUUAUCUGUUGUAAUUCAAAAGUUGAUUUUUUGAAUAUUUACAAUAGUUUUUACAUUUUAACGGAUUUCAGUUAUUUUAAAUUGCCAAUUCUAAAAAUGUAGUGUUUUUGAAAAAUAAACGAAUGAUGAAAUUAAGUGCUUUGUAUGGAUUUUUAUGUAAAAAAAAUCUUUUAAAUAAAUACCAAAGCUCAAUAAAU